AUGGAUGAUAACAUGACGCGCACACUCUCGAUGCGCGGAGGGAGACCACAUCAUCUAGAGAUCAGUGGACACCAUAGACUGUACGAACAAGGGAGGGAUAAACAACAACAGGGCAUUAUCAAUUUAAAGAAAAACAGCAGGAUGGCGGGAGCAGAGGCAUGCACCCCUGCUAACCCCACCUGCAAAAUAAUGACGUUCAGGCCAACCAUGGAAGAAUUCAAGGAUUUCAAUCAGUACCUGGUCUAUAUGGAAUCUCAAGGUGCCCAUCGUGCAGGUUUGGCAAAGGUUAUACCCCCAAAAGGAUGGAAACCUCGACGAACUUAUGAUGAUAUAGAUGACUUAAUGAUUGAUGCCCCAAUACAACAGAUGGUAGCAGGCCAGUCUGGGCUGUUUACUCAAUACAAUAUUCAAAAGAAGCCUCUGAGUGUGCAGGAAUUUCGGAGAUUAGCGAAUAGUGAUAUGUAUUGCACACCACGGUACUUAAAUUAUGAAGAUCUUGAGAGAAAAUACUGGAAGAACCUCACAUUUGUCUCACCCAUAUAUGGUGCUGAUGUUGGUGGCAGCCUGUACGAUGAGGAUGUGGAGGAGUGGAACAUUGGCCACUUAAACUCCAUCUUAGAUGUAAUCGAGGAGGACUGCGGUGUAUCUAUCCAAGGCGUUAACACACCAUAUCUGUAUUUUGGGAUGUGGAAAACUUCAUUCUCCUGGCACACUGAAGACAUGGACCUGUACAGUAUCAACUACCUACACUUCGGAGAACCCAAGUCUUGGUAUGCCAUACCCCCUGAACAUGGGAAGAGACUGGAGCGUUUGGCGACGGGAUUUUUUCCAAAUAGCUUUAAGGGCUGUGAAGCUUUUCUUCGGCACAAGAUGACUUUAAUUUCCCCGUCUAUUCUUAAGAAGUAUGGCAUUCCAUUUGAUAAGAUCACUCAAGAAGCUGGAGAGUUUAUGAUCACAUUUCCUUAUGGAUACCAUGCUGGCUUCAAUCAUGGCUUCAACUGUGCUGAAUCCACUAACUUUGCUACAGUCCGUUGGAUUGACUAUGGAAAAGUGGCAACACAGUGUACAUGUAGUAAGGACAUGGUUAAGAUCUCCAUGGAGCCUUUUGUGAAGCGCUUUCAGCCUGAUCGUUACCCCAACUGGAUGCUGGGCAAAGAUUCUUUACCACUUGACCAUACCAUGGCCACUCCUCGAACAACACCAGAACUGCAAAGCUGGCUCCAAAGACGACGCAAAAAUAAACCCAUUGAUAAAUGUACUCUGUCCCGCAUGGGCUCCAAACGUCUGCGAACCACAGAGCAACCUGUUGGAAUGGAUAAAUGCAAGAGGAAGCGCACAGCUGGUCUAGGACUUUCCAAAUCCAAGAAAAAACAAAACAAACCUGCAGAGUCAAAAUGCAAACCUAGUCUGAACUCUGAGUUGUCGGAUGCCUGCCGUCAAAGGUGUGUGGUCAAAGUAAAUAGAGUGGAGAGAGACCUGGAUGUCUCAAACCUUUUACCCAAAUCCUGUUCUGUGGCCAUGACCGUGAAUGACACAAAUACUGAGACAGACAGCAGAAAUUUCACCCAUGAGCCUUUCCCUUACACCAUGUGGACUGAACCUCAGUGCAAACGGGUGGCAGACCCUCAAGAACUACAGCUGUGUGGAUCAAACAACAAGGAAGAGGAGAGUAGGGCUUUCACCUGGGCCCAGCUCCAGCCCAUGUCUCUGCUCAAUACUGUGGAUUCUCCGGACCCGUGUGACGAAUAUGAGCUUCCCCAGGGACAGUUAGAUGAAGUGGAAACCCUUUCACAACAUCCAAAGUUGAAAAGAGAAAGAAAGAGUGGAACAGAACAAGAGGAGGUUUUGGAUUUAGAUGAAGUUGAGUCAGAUGGGGAACAGCAAUACAGUGCCAAGAGCAGCAGUGACUCAUAUGAUGAAGAGGAUGAGAAUGAUCUUCAGAGCAGUGAAGAUGGUGAUUCUGCUUCAGAAGCUGGGAAGUAUGCUGCACUAGCAAUGAGGAGGACGGCUAAGAGCUGGCGUCACCCACUCAGAAAGCCCACUGCUCGGGCUGUACCUACAGCGGUAAAACAACAGACUGCUAGUGAUGAAGAACCCCCUGAAGCAAGUUUGGCAGAAGAAGAGGAAAGGGAAAUUGAAGCCUGGGCAAUGCCCCUGUCCCACCUCUGGCAGAAUAAGAAGAGUUGCUUUUCCGCAGAACGGGAGUACAAUGCUCUUAUUGGCACCAUGCAGCCAUACUGUGCUGUGUGUAUGCUGUUCAUGCCUUAUUAUCAGGCUGAAGAGGAGUUGAGGUCUCCAGUAGUUGAGCACAUGUCGUCAUCUGCAAGCCCGACGCGUGUCACAAGAAGCAAACCCCUAAUUCCAGAGAUCUGUUUUUCUUUCCGUGAACAAAACUCUCCUCCAACUCCCACAAACCCGCUGCUGCAAGAAGAUGGCACCUCUUUGUUACUGCGCUGCCAAGGCUGUUGUCUAAAGGUUCAUGCAAGUUGCUACGGCGUUACUACGGAUGUUAUUAGUGAACACUGGUCAUGUGAUCGAUGUGCCGAAGAAUGCAUUACAGCAGAAUGCUGUCUUUGUAAUCUCAGAGGGGGGGCUCUCAAGAAAACGCUUGAUGACAAAUGGGCUCAUGUGAUGUGCGCUAUAGCUUUGCCAGAGGUGCGUUUUGGGGACGAAGCCAAGAGGAGUCCCAUUGACACCAGCAGGAUCCCGACUCAGCGCUUCAAACUGAAGUGUAGCUACUGCCAGAAGAGGUGUCUGGGCAAAAGGCAGUAUGGAGCUUGCAUACAGUGUUCAUAUGGACGAUGUCCCACCUCCUUUCAUGUGACCUGUGCACACGCCGCAGGGGUCUCUAUAGAGCCGGACGACUGGCCGUACGUGGUGGCAAUCACCUGUCACACGCAUCAGAUGCAAAGCUCCUCUGCUAAACAGCCGGAGGGCCAUGGGUCCAUCUUUCUGGACCAGACUGUUAUAUCCAAACACAAAAACCUGCGAUACUACACUUCUAAAGUCACACAGAUCACCUCCCAAACCUUCUAUGAGGUCAUGUUUGAUGAUGGCUCCUUCUCCAAUGACACGUACCCAGAGGAUAUAGUGAGCAGAGAUUGUGUAAACACAGGUCCUCCUGAAGUAGGCGAAGCUGUUCAAGUCAAAUGGCCUGAUGGGCUUUUCUAUGGUGCUAAAUAUCUGGGAUCCAACAUCUCCUACAUGUACCAGGUGGAGUUUGAAGAUGGUUCUCAGGUACUGGCAAAAAGAGACGACAUCUACACCUUAGAAGAGGACUUGCCUAAAAAAGUGAAGCGUAGACUUUCCACGGCGUCCAGCAUGCGUUUCCAGGACACCUUUUUUACUACACAAAGGGAAAGGAAACGUCAACGAAUUCCAAAUACCCGCUUCCAAAAGGACUAUGUGGCGCUGUCAGGCCUCCGUACAACCGGCAAAAGCACAUGGGAGCCGCCGCGCAGCCCCAAAGGGAAAGGAAUACCCACAGCAGUGACUGAUAAAUGA